UUCCUUGCUCGACUUUGUUUUGAGUACCAAAUUUAAGUUUCUGCUGCUAGAUAUAUCGAAUAAUUUUAAUCAAAUUUCCUGCACAAGAUGCCUCCAUUUUCCAGCAUGAAUCGUACGAAUCCGUGGUUUCUGCGCGCUGUGCGCCAUCACAUACGUAAUCUCCAUGAGAUGAGGAUCCCAUACGCCCGUCCGGUGGGCCCAAGUCAGCGCAAUUUUACUUUGGAGCCGCUGGGAAAUCGAGAACUCAUCCGUGUCCACGGGGCCGAGGUGGUGCCAUUUCUGCAGGGUCUGGCGACCAACGAUGUGGCCCGGAUUCAGUCGCCGGGGGGUCCUGCCUCAAUGUACGCCCACUUUCUCAACAAGGCGGGCAGGCUGCUGUACGACACCAUCUUGUACCGCACCAACAACCCGGAAACCAUCCUUGUUGAGUGCGAUCGGGAGGCUUCCUCGGACUUCCGACGCCACCUGCGCACCUAUCGCGUUCGCAGGCGCAUUGAGGUCGACAGUGUAGACGACGAGUAUACCCCAUGGGUGUUGUUUAACCUUAAGGACGCUUCGGAGGCUGUACCCAAUCCACAUCCAGAUUUAUUUGUGUCCCCCGACCCGAGGCUGCAUGUCCUUGGCACUCGCAUCCUGGCCCCCACUGACAUGGACUGGUCCAAGCUGUCCAAAUGUUUUACCGACUUCGGUACCGCCACAGCAGCCUCCUCCGACAAUAGUUAUCAACUGCUGCGCUACAAGCAAGGAGUGGGCGAGGGCUGCUCGGAACUGCCACCGGGCAAAUGUUUUCCCCUCGAAGCCAAUGCGGAUUACCUGCAUGGCGUGAGCUUCCACAAGGGCUGCUAUGUGGGCCAGGAGCUAACAGCCCGCGUCCAUCAUUCGGGCGUGAUCCGCAAGCGAUACAUGCCCAUCCGGUUGACGGCCCCUAUUGAUGUGGGUUCCAGCCAGGACGUAACUUCUUUGGCUGGAGCGAAACUUGGACGCGUCUUUGGCUUUGCGCACAAGCAUGGUGUAGCACUGCUGCGCAUCGAGAAGGUUCUCAACGGCCGUCCGGAGUUGAUGAUCGAUGGCGAGCGCUGCUAUGUUGAACGUCCGGAAUGGUGGCCGGAGGAUUUGCCUGGAAAGCGUCGCAUGGCGUUCGCUGAGUGACAUACAAACUGAUUUGACCAAAUAUUGUUAUACUAUUGUUAUAAGUGUAGUAAAUGUAUAUAGUCCUCGUAUAA